AAAAACAAAAAACAAAAAACAUUGUUAGAUUGUAUGCCAUUCUCAGUAAAACAGGACAUCAAACACUAAGCUAAACCAAAAAACCAAACACAAAACAAGAGUCAUCAUCAGUUUCACAGCUUAGGUUGGUUGGUUCCUCCGCCCACGCCCCCUUCUUUCUUUCGAUGCUUUCGAGGAAACCCACUUUAUCCCCAUCACCAACAUAACUCAGCUAACAACAACUACCCCAACUCCUCCAAAUUCUUCUCAUUUCGUCCCAUUUCCUUCCUCAAAGCAAAAUACCCAUUUCUCUUCUUCAUCAAUGGCUCAUGUUCUCCAAACUUCUUUCCUUCCCUCCUCUACCUCCCUUGGCCUGAAUCCCAUUUCGGGUUCUAAAGGGAAGUCUCAAGCGUUUCAAGUUAAGGCCAAGAUCCGAGAGAUUUUCAUGCCGGCAUUGAGCUCAACAAUGACGGAAGGAAAAAUCGUGUCUUGGAUGAAGUCUGAAGGAGACAAGUUAUCGAAAGGAGAGAGUGUGGUUGUUGUGGAAUCUGACAAGGCUGACAUGGAUGUCGAAAGUUUCCAUGAGGGGUUCCUCGCCGCCAUCAUGGUGGAGGAAGGCGGCGUUGCUGCCGUUGGCUCUGCCAUCGCCCUCCUGGCAGAGACCGAAGACGAGAUCGCUGAAGCCAAAGCCAAAUCACAAUCCUCUUCUGCUAGCAGUGCUCAGGUAGUAGAAGAAAAACCAAAGCCAAAGGAAGAGGUGGCGCAGGCUGCUUCGGUGGCUGCUUCUGUUGCUUCUACAGUUUCCAGCACAAAGACGGUAGCUGUGGGGUCAGCGGUGCAUCCGGCUUCGGAGGGAGGGAGAAGGAUAGUGGCGUCGCCAUAUGCCAAGAAACUGGCAAAGGAGUUGAAGGUGGAUUUGGGAACAGUGGUGGGAACUGGACCCAUGGGGAGGAUUGUGGCUAAGGACGUUGAGGCAGCGGCGGCAGCAGGUGUGGUGGCUGCUUCUGGGCAUGCAUCGCAGCAGCAUGCUUCUCCGGCAAAGGCAGCUCCAGUGGCUCCUGGUAUUGAAUUGGGGACAGUGGUUCCUUUUACUACAAUGCAGGGUGCUGUGAGUCGGAAUAUGGUUGAGAGUUUAUCUGUGCCUACUUUUAGAGUUGGCUACACCAUCACCACAAAUGCCCUUGAUGGCUUGUACAAGAAGAUCAAGUCCAAAGGCGUAACAAUGACAGCAUUGCUUGCAAAGGCAACGGCACUUGCAUUGAUUCAACAUCCUGUAGUUAAUUCCUCCUGUAGGGAUGGCAACAGCUUUACAUAUAACAGUAGUGUCAAUAUUGCUGUUGCUGUAGCUAUAGAUGGUGGGUUGAUUACACCAGUUCUGCAGGAUGCUGAUAAGGUUGACAUUUAUACAUUGUCAAGAAAGUGGAAAGAAUUGGUUGAUAAGGCACGAGCCAAGCAGCUACAACCUCAUGAAUAUAAUACAGGUACUUUCACUCUGUCUAACCUUGGGAUGUUUGGAGUGGACCGGUUUGAUGCCAUUCUGCCACCUGGAACUGGAGCUAUUAUGGCUGUGGGAGCUUCUCAGCUUACUGUUGUGGCCAGCAAGGAUGGCCAUAUUGGCAUGAAGAACCAGAUGCAGGUAAAUGUUACAGCAGAUCACCGAAUCAUCUAUGGUGCCGAUCUAGCUGCAUUCUUGCAAACCCUGGCUAAGAUUAUUGAGGACCCCAAAGAUCUCACCUUCUAGUCUACUGUCUCUUUCACACAAUGAUGUCCUCAUGGCCAUAUUCUUGUCAGACAAUUGUCUCGUAGCAUGCUCUCAAGGUUCAUGUUUUUCAAAUCGCUUAUUUUUUAUCUUGGAAUAUACUUUAGAUACAAAAUGUAGGGGUCUAUAAUAAUAUGUUUUGAGUUUUCAGUGGACAACAACACUGAGAAUUUCCCAGAUCAAUGGUU